AUGGUUCAUGUCCUCGGAAGUCAAGUCUUUGACUACUGGUUUGAUACCAGCGAGUUCAUAUUGGAGCACUAUGCGGAUGGCGAUUUGGUCAAUGCUGAGACGGAGGUAUCGCAUGUUCCUGCUGGGCCACAGGCGCUCAAGAUCUGGGGGCCACCUAUUCCGGGCGUGUUUUAG